GGGAAGGCGAGGACCGCGGAAUCCGCCUCCAGUGUGCGUCUGACCUGGAGAGCGUCCCACAGGCGCGGUGAUUUAGUUGGCACAAAAGUCUUCUUUGAAGAACUUUGUACAAUAUUGGAGGAUGGCUGAAGCAGUUUUGAUUGAUCUCUUUGGUUUGAAAUUGAACUGUCAGAAAAACUGCCAUCAGACAUUACUGAAGACAUUGAAUGCUAUCCAGUACCACCAUGCUGCCAAGGCCAAGUUCCUUUGCAUAAUGUGUUGCAGUAGCAUCAGCUGUGAAAGGGAUAGUGAACAUGAUAAGUGUGAAUUAGAAACAAGCAAUGGAUUAUCAGCUCUCUUAGGAGAAUUUGAGAUUGUUAGCAAUCUCAGCAUGGCUGCCUCUUUGUAUACCAUUAAACAAAAAAUUGAUGAAAAAAAUCUGAGCAGCAUUAAGGUAAUUGUCCCCAGGCACAGGAAGUCAUUACUGAAGGCUUUUAUUGAUCAACUCUUCACUGAUGUUUACAAUUUUGAAUUUGAAGAUUUACAAGUGACUUUGAGGGGACACCUUUUGAAACAGUCUGCUGAAACAAAUGUAAUCACAGCUCAAGAACUAGAAGAAAUCCAGAAUGAAAUAGAAAUAUAUUUGAGAAGUCUACCAGCACUGAAAGGAGAAUUAACUAUUAUCACAUCUCCUUCCAUCCCAGAUAUUUUCAUACAUGGAUUUACUACAAGAGCAGGUGGGAUAUCUUAUAUACCAACUCUUAGUUCAUUCAAUCUCUUCAGUAGCUCCAAAAGGAGAGAUCCCAAGGCAGUUGUUCAAGAAAAUCUGCGUAGAUUGGCAAAUGCUGCAGGAUUUAAUGUGAAGAAAUUUUACCGAAUAAAGACCGAUCAUGCCAAUGACGUCUGGAUUAUGGGAAGGAAGGAGCCUGAAUCUUAUGAUGGAAUAACAACGAAUCAAAGAGGAGUCACAAUAGCGGCUCUUGGUGCUGACUGUAUACCAAUAAUUUUUGCAGAUCCUGUCAAAAAAGCAUGUGGGGUUGCUCACUCUGGUUGGAAAGGUACUUUGUUAGGUGUUGCUAUGGCUACAGUGAAUGCUAUGAUAGCAGAAUAUGGCUGUAGUUUGGAAAACAUUAUUGCUGUACUUGGACCAUCAGUAGGACCUUGCUGUUUUACUCUCCCAAAAGAAUCAGCAAGUGCUUUUUAUAAUCUUCAUCCCGCAUGUGUACGACUGUUUGACUCACCAAAUCCCUGUGUUGACAUCCGGAGAGCCACCAGGAUUCUUCUAGAACGGGGAGGAAUCCUUCCACUGAAUAUUCAGGACCAGAACCAAGAUCUCAACCUCUGUACAUCCUGCCAUCCUGACAAGUUUUUCUCCCAUGUCCGAGAUGGCCUUAAUUUUGGAACACAGAUUGGCUUCAUAUCAAUUAGAGAAUGAGGUAUGAUACUUGGCUGGAGUUUUGCAUAAUGUUUCCUGCCUCUUUCCGAACUGACUGCAAGAGAGAAAUUUAGCUGUUUGAUUUACUUAAAGCCAAAAGGAUUACAAUGGAU